CGACGGGUCGUCUCGAGACAGGUCGACGCCGAGCGGAUCUACCUCACUCGAUUCGACUCUGCAUCACGACCACAUCAGCAGCAAGCCUCGACGAUGACCUCGCUAGAUCUGGCUCAUGAGCUGGGCUAUAUUUGGGUGGUUCGCCUGAACGACGGGCAUGUCGGCCAGCUAGAACCUCCUGAGCCCGACAUGCCUUCAUCGGGGCCGAACAGCCCAUCCUUUCAGGACGUCUUCGGCGGGUGGGCUGAUAGCAGUGAUGCGGAUCCCUGGAACCAGCCUCCUUUAGGAGAGCCUGUCAUCACGAUCCGACAAAGCCUCGACUCGGGCGCUGGCCAAGAGAGGCUAUUGGCGGGAUUGGAACCGUCGCCGGCUCUGAGAAGAUUCCGGGAAGCCCAAGCGGAAAGAUGUCGUAAUCCCUUACCUCCCCAUCAUGGUCCUGCCAACGAUAUCGAGCCUUUCACGUUCUUCGGUGUUACGCAGGCCGAUAGGAAGCGUCCCGUCAUCGGGGGCGAAGUCGAGCCCUUGUCCGGACUCGUUCAGCCUGAAGGCCUGCCCUCGCUUGGAGCCAUAAUCGUCCGGAGCGCAGCUCGUCUCACCUCGGCAUGUGAAAUGAUGGGAUUGGGCGAGACCUCUGCGAUCUUACAGGACGAGCAAGUACAGGGUCGUCUCAACGCCCUCGUCCGUCGUUCAUAUCAAGGCCGUACUUAUGAGAUGAUAGAGGAAAUUCCCUCCACCUCAGCUGAGCAACAAGUCAGGACCAUCCUCUGCAACUCGGACCACCUGAUCUCACGUACCCACGCUCGACUUGUCUCCUACGACGAACCUUCCUGGAAGAUCUCGCUCUGUCUAGCCAAAGAAGCUCAGAGGGAACUCGUCUGCGGGGCCAUGCUCGAACCCCAGGGUCUCGAGUCCGGAUUCGAAGACCCGGUCAGACGAUACUACCUCACCUGGUUCGUGGACGCCCAACCGGUGCUCGAUCGACUGGAUAAAGUCCUCGUCGACAUUUACGGGGUAGGGAGCUCUGACGCUGUGGUCGAGCGUCUUCAUCUUGAACAAGCCGAGAGUCUCCAACUCUGUCGAGGUCAACUUCGAGAUCGUCCUCGCAAGGCUCCUUUGCUCGGGCGUCUUGUGGAUACUUGUAGGAUGUGGAACGAUACGAUCGCUGGAUACAAGGUGCAAAAGCUCUUGUUCGCCGAAGGACUCGAGAGGUGUUGACAGCCGAGUAUCCCGAUCAACCCCGUCUUAUCGCAAUAGGUCGAGCGCCAACCGGUUCGACAUUCGUCUUGUUGGCGCAGUGUGCCUGUUCAUCUGAACGGGCUCGGCUCGAGUUCGGGUAUGCCAAUA